UUGCCUCAGCCUCCCGAGCAGCUGGGACUACAGGUGCCCGCCACAGCGCCCGGCUAUUUUUUGGUUGCAGUUUGGCCGGGGCUGGGUUUGAACCCGCCACCCUCGGCAUAUGGGGCUGGUAUAAGGUUAUUUUUAAAGAGGAUUUUUUAAAUUUAGGUAUCUUAGGAAAUUCAACUGUUCUGAACUGUGUUUUUCCCCUUUCAGCCUAAAAUAGCCAGAAGAGAAAAUAAAGGAGCCAACCCUAUAGCUAAAUAUACCACAAGCAUAAAAACAAACACUGACCCAAGGGUUAGAAGCCCUAGUAACAAUUAGAGAAUGCCUAAUGUAAUUAAACAAUUGUGAGUUUAUGUGUCUGUGUGUACACAGGGAGAAAGAGGGGAAUAUGAAUCAGGUGGUAGACCUAACAGAAACAUUAACAUUAGGGGAAAGAGCGCAGGGUUUGAAAUAUGGCGGACGACGUGGACCAGCAACAAACUACCAACACUGUAGAGGAGCCUCUGGAUCUUAUCAGGCUCAGCCUGGAUGAGCGAAUUUAUGUGAAAAUGAGAAAUGACCAAGAGCUUUGGGGCAGAUUACAUGCUUAUGAUCAACAUUUAAAUAUGAUAUUGGGAGAUGUGGAAGAAACUGUAACUACUAUAGAAAUUGAUGAAGAAACAUAUGAAGAGAUAUAUAAAUCAACAAAACAGAAUAUUCCAAUGCUUUUUGUCCGAGGAGAUGGCGUUGUCCUGGUUGCCCCUCCAUUGAGAGUUGGCUGAUACAAAGAAUUUAUCAUUAAGGAAACUUUGUCCAAGUGCCACUUUAAAUGUGAAAGACAUUCAAAGGAGAAACCUGCGUACAUUUCUACAUUAAGAAAUGACCAAGGAUUCUUCCACUCCUGAAAUGAGUUAAUUUGUAGAUAACUCACAACUCCUAAAGCUAAAUGUCAUUUUUAUUUUUCUCCAACAUUGCCAAUAAAUGUGAUCAUCAAGGUCAGAACUUUUUUCAAAAGUUAGUUUGUUCUAUUAUUCUUACGGUUUCUGAAUUUUUCUUUAGAUUAAAUUUGAUAUUUUUAAGGCAAAAAAAAAAAAGAAACAUUAACAUUCAUCUCCAUUCUGUGAAGUUUUACCUCAACAUUUCUUUGGAAGGGCUAUGUGAUUUUCAUUAGGAACCUGGUCAUCAUUUUUUAUGUUAAAUAAGAAAUUACGGGCAGCGCCUGUGGCUCAGUCGGUAAGGCGCCAGCCCCAUAUACCGAGGGUGGCGGGUUCAAACCCAGCCCUGGCCAAACUGCAACCAAAAAAUAGCUGGGCGUUGUGGCGGGCGCCUGUAGUCCCAGCUGCUCGGGAGGCUGAGGCAAGAGAAUCACUUAAGCCCGGGAGUUGGAGGUUGCUGUGAGCUGUGUGAGGCCACAGCACUCUACCGAGGGCCAUAAAGCGAGACUCUGUCUCUACAAAAAAAAAAAAGAAAGAAAUUACUGGGCAGUGCCUGCAGCUCAGUAGGUAGGGCACUGGCCCCAUAUACCCAGGGUGACGGGUUCAAACCUGGCCCCGGCCAGCUAAAACAGCAGUGGCAACUACAACAAAAAUAGCCAGGUGUUGUGGCGGGCACCUGUAGUCUCAGCAACUCAGGAAGCUGAGGCAAGAGAAUCACCUUAGCCCAAGAGCUGGAGGUUGCUUGCUGUGAGCUGUGACAGCACAGCACUCUACCUAGGGUCUCAAAAAAAAAAAAAAAAAAGAGAAAGAAAGAAAUAAAUUACCUAUUGAGAUUAUUAGGAGAAAUGCCACAGAUUAUUUAAGUUUAGUGAGGGUUGAAACAAAAUGAACUUUUGUAAAAACUGUGAAGUUAUAUUCCUUUUCAGUUGCUCAUGUUGCUCAAAUUCACUUGGUGUAUUAUUAAAAUCAGAAUUUCUAACUAUUCCGGUCUUAAUUAUUAUUUUUUUAUUUUUGGCCGGGGCUGGGUUUGAACCUGCCACCUCCGGCAUAUGAGACCGGCGCCCUACUCCUUGAGCCA